AUGGAAGGAUAUGAAGAAUAUGCCGUUAAUGGUAAUGCGCUAUAUGAAUUUAUUGUAACUAAUGACGCAUCAUACAGUAAUAUCCAGAGCGAUUUUGCUGUUAAUGAUAUCCUAUAUAAUGACCAAAGCAAACUUGGUGUUGUAAGAGAUUUUUUAUAUAGCAAUGAUCAAGAUAAUCGUGAAGUUGGUGAUAUUAUGAACUGUGAAA